CGUUGCAACGUACUUCAGAGCAUGGUCGGCAUAUUCCUGCACUCUUGCAAUGCGCCCGAAGCCGUCAUUGAGCUCCUAUCGCAGCUAGGCAUCUCGAUAUCAUGUUCAGCCAUCGAUCACGCCAUCUCAAGCCUCUCAGAGGAGGCUGGACGCGAAAUAAGGGAACUCGGACGCACCCUUCUUGCGGCAUAUGCAUAUGACAAUUUCGAUGUUGAGAUUAAGCACAGCGUGCCCACCGUCCAGAACCCGGAGGAUCCUAUCUUGCACUUGACCUCCGGGACACUUCUACAGCUUGACCAUGGCGUUACACGCGAGGAUUUGCAGUGCUCGGAGGACUUGUGGCUGAAGUCCAAGCAGGUUCCCGCCGCAGCAAUGGAUGAAAACCAGUCGACAGUUCAGGGCAAUGCGAACGCUAUGGAGAACCUCUUUCGGCAAGGCGGUAUUGGUGACAAGCGUGAGCCGCGGACUCCAAAAGAUUCCGCAGACAUAGAUGAUCACGUCAUCUUGGUCCACGGAGAUCUCUCAACGUGCGAGCGUGUCCAGAGCCUCCAGAAAUCGCGAAGCGAGGAGUCGACGCCAUGGCGGCGUUUCCAGUUUGUCGUCUUCGUUAUGGGGCUCUUCCAUUUGAAGAUGGCAUGUGCCGAUGCAAUAUGGAAGAUCUUCAUUAGUCCUAGGGCUGCGCGUGAUGACGAGACAAGCCUACUGAAACAAGUCGGUGAGAUUCGGCCAAAAGAAACAGGGAAAAUAUCAAGCAAACCUGGUUUCCGCCGGAUGCACGAAGUCAUCCAGCACGUUGGCAUUGCAUCACGGCUGGACUGUUGGAGAGAGCAGGUGCACAAGCUAAACCACAACAUCGACAGCCUAGAGAAAUGGGCCGCUGCAAAACCAACGUGGGAGGAGAUUGUGACCGUUUCCUCGCACCUUGUGCGUAACUAUGUCGCCGGUCAGGAGCUCCCUACGCAGCGGCUUCGGCCGGGGAAAGUCCGAGACGAACAGUAUGAGAAUACCCUCCUCAAAAAUCAGCACUGCCUGCUGUACGAAGAGUUGACCUACGCCAUGAACGCAGGUGACAUUGGCCGGGUGGAGGAUUGCUUCAUGCCUUGGGUAUUUAUUUUCCGCGCGUGCGGGAAGCAUAAGUACGCAACGCAGAUGGUGAAGUUCUUACACGACGUUCAUUUCGUAUACCCUGAGAGACUGAAGCGCGCAAUCCGGAUGAAUAUUCUCUGCAACCCGAAAGGCAAACCACAUUCGUUCCGAGGGAUUGAUUGGUGGGUAGAGCACAAUAACCUUCUUCUGAUGAUAUUACAACAGAGGAUUUACGGCGGCAAAUACUCGAACCAUACGAAAAAUCAUAUACUGAUGCAUUCCAGCUUGAUCGGGGUCAUGAAGAAUAUGAGAAUCAAUUUCGAAAAGAUGUUUGUUAUGGACCACAGGACUUUCAAGCACUCUCCACCUAUGAUGCAGAAGACGAUCAAUAAGCUCGUAACAUAUAUGAGGAAGAUGGCCACUCACGCAGAGGUUCCCGGGCGAAAAUCGGCACAUAUCAUUCCCGAUACACUACGGGAUGGUAUG